AUGGCAACGAAUUUUUCCCCAUUGGUGUUUGAUAGCAUCAAUGUAGGAAGGCACAUCAAAGGGUCUAAGAAGCGGUAUAUAUGAAAAUUUGAACUUGACGGGAAAGAAAAUAUAGUUGAUUUGUAUAUAAACCAUACAUCAUGAAAUAGAUAAUCCUAUAAAUAUUCCAAACAAUAUUUAAUCUUAAGCAUAAUCAAUGAAAUUUAACAUAAGCAAGUUCACAGGUAAAAGAAAAAUAUGCAAUUUGCACUAAUAGAGCCAUAAAGGCAGUAAAUAAAAAAUGCUUAUUCAUAUAACUGCUCUAUGUUAUUAUAUUCAAUAUAUAGGAUACUUAUAAACGGAGAUAUUAAAAUUGAUGCAAGAAAGCUAGGCGCUUAUGCAACCUAUCCUUUGAAAAUUGGAAAGCAUUCAAUUAUUGUUUAUGAAAAAGAAGCAAAUGUUUAUGAUUUAAGAUGCGAUAAUUUGUCGUUCGAUGAGACCAUGAGAAAAAUCAAAUAUAAAUCAACUCGAGAUAAUGAUUUUUCUAAUUCUGAUUUAUUUGAUAAGUACGAUGCUUUAUCUAUUAAAAAUAUGGCAUACCUAUAUGAUGAAGAGCAUAGCAAUAGGCAUGAAAAAAAUAAAUGGAAAACAAAUUUAUCAGGAAUUAAAAAAUCAAAAAAGCAGCCAUCCAAUGAAUUUCAAACAUCGACGAAUCCCAGCAAAAUAAUUGACCAUUCAAGUCACAAAACAUUAGAGCAGCCUAAAGAAAAUGAGCCUCUUGAUAUAAUGAAUACACCUUCUACGACAAUUUCUUUCAUGCCCUCAGAUUUAUUUACAAAUCCCACUUCAGAAAUGCAACUUGGUACAUUUUCAAUGAGUUCCAAUCCUUUUGAGUCCAAUUCUAUUUAUCCUCGUAUCCAAGAAUCUCAAAGCUUCACAGAGUCACAAAAAUACAACUCUACAUCUGAGCAUAGUAUCUUUGAAAAAAGUCAGAACUUUCCUUAUGAAGAAGCCCAUACUCACAAAACAUCUAAAAAUCCAUUUGAUUUCCCACAGGACUAUUCUAGCUAUCAAAACCAAUUAUCGCAAUAUCAGUACUCCUCUGAAAUAGCUUAUCCUUAUGUGACGUCAAGACCUUGAAUUAAUCCUCAUUAG